GCAUUUUACUUUCAUUUCUGUCUUUUUUAAUAUAUAUAAAGAAGUAAGUUGUUACAAUGAUUCUGGGCAAGAUUGCGGGUGCCCUCGCUGCAAAACAUGGUGAUGAACAGAAAAAGAUUAAAGGCAGGGUGGUGUUGAUGAAGAAGAACUUUUUAGAUAUGACAGACAUAGGUGCUUCUAUCCUUGAUAGAAUUCAUGAGUUCGUUGGUCAGAAAGUCUCCUUUCAACUCAUCAGUGCUCAAAAUGCUGAUCCUGCAGGGAAACGAAGCAAGGCAGCGUACCUGGAAAACUGGAGCAAGAUAACAUCCUUGGUAGCCGGAGAAAGCGCAUACGACGUUACAUUCGAAUGGGACGAAAGCUUUGGAGUUCCCGGGGCAGUCAUCGUCAAGAACAAUCACCACAGUGAAUUCUAUCUCAAGACACUCACCCUGGAAGACCUCCCCAAUCACGGCGCCGUUCAGUUUGUCUGCUUUUCUUGGGUUUACCCCGCCGAUAAGUACAACUACGACCGCAUCUUCUUCGCCAACCAGGCGUAUCUCCCCAGCCAAACGCCGGCGCCGCUCCGCCCCUUCAGGGAAGCGGAGCUGAAGAACUUGCGAGGAGACGGCGCCGGAGAACGCAAGGAGUGGGACAGGGUUUAUGACUAUGAUUACUACAAUGACUUGGGUGAUCCCGACAAGGGCCAAAAUUACGUUCGACCAAUCCUUGGAGGAAACCCAGAAUACCCGUAUCCUCGUCGCGGUAGAACUGGUCGGAAAAUGACGAAAACAGAUCCUAAGUAUGAAAGUAGACUUCCAUUGUUACCUGCGGGUGCUGACAUAUAUGUGCCAAGGGACGAGAAAUUUGGGCAUAUCAAGCAAUCGGAUUUUCUUGGUUAUGCAUUGAAGUCCAUUGGGCAAUCUGUUCUCCCUUAUAUUGCUUCCCGGUUUGAUGCAACCCGUGAUGAGUUUGACAGCUUCGACGAUGUGAAUGCGCUGUACGAGGGAGGGUUAUCCAGGGGGUUAUUGCUGGAGCACGUCCAGAACAACAUUUCUCUUGAGAUGGUGAAGGAACUUCUCCGAAGUGAUGGGGAGAAAUUGUUCAAAUUCCCAACGCCACAAGUUAUUGCAGCUAGCAAAACCGCAUGGAGAACAGAUGAGGAAUUCGCGAGAGAAAUGCUUGCCGGAGUGAACCCAGUCUGCAUUAGUCGCCUCCAAGUGUUCCCACCAAGAAGCACGCUCGACCCUAAAGUGUAUGGAGACCAUACCAGCACUAUAACAAGAGAACACAUUGCAGAUAAGUUAGAUGGGCUAAGAGUUGAGCAGGCCAUUUGGAGUAACCGAGUAUUCAUACUGGACCACCAUGAUGGAAUUAUGGUAUAUGCAAGGCGAAUAAAUGACAACACGGACAGGAAAAUCUAUGCUACAAGGACUUUGCUGUUCUUGCAGAAGGAUGGCACUUUGAGGCCAAUAGCUAUUGAACUUAGCUUGCCCCAUCCUAAUGGCGAUCAAUUUGGUUGUGUUAGCAAAGUGUACACCCCAGCUGAAGAAGGCGUCGAGGCUUCAAUCUGGCAACUGGCCAAAGCUUAUGCAGCCGUCAACGACUCUGGAGUCCAUCAACUCAUCAGCCAUUGGUUGAACACUCAUGCUGUGAUUGAGCCAAUUAUAAUUGCAACAAAUAGACAGCUAAGCUUUCUUCACCCGAUUUACAAGCUCCUCCACCCUCAUUUCCGUGACACAAUGCAUAUCAAAGCAUUGGGCCGACAGCUCCUCACUAACGCUGAUGGAGUUAUUGAGAAAACAUGUCUUCCUGGAAAAUAUGCAAUGGAAAUGUCUGCUGUUUUGUAUAAAAACUGGGUUUUCCCAUAUCAUUCUCUUCCUAAUGACCUCCUAAACAGAGGAAUGGCCGUGGAGGACUCAAGUUCACCACACGGGGUACGCUUACUAAUCGAAGAUUAUCCAUAUGCGGUUGAUGGGCUUGAAAUAUGGUCAGCAAUCAAGAGCUGGGUCUCUGAUUACUGCAAUUUCUACUACAAGAAUGACAGCAUGGUUUGGGAGGACACAGAAGUGCAAGCUUGGUGGACCGAGGUUGUACAAAAGGGACAUGAGGACAAGAAAGACGAGCCGUGGUGGCCCAAAAUAAACUCUCGCCACCUUCUAAUCGACACCUGCGCAACCAUCAUCUGGAUAUCCUCGGCCCUCCACGCCGCCGUCAAUUUUGGGCAGUACGCAUACGCAGGUUACAACCCCUGCCGCCCAACGUUGAGCCGAAGGUUCAUGCCGGAGCCGGGAACUCCCGACUACGAGGAACUGAAAACUCACCCUGAUAAGGCGUUCUUGAAAACUAUCACUGCUUUGCCACAAACUUUGCUCGGAAUUUCCCUCAUUGAGGUCCUGUCUAGGCAUGCUUCCGAUGAGAUUUACCUGGGGCAAAGAGAGCACGCUGAGUGGACCAAGGAUAAGGAGGCUUUGGAAGCAUUUGGGAGGUUUGGGAAGAAGCUGGUUGCAAUAGAAGAGCGCAUACUAACGAUGAAUGGUGAUCGGAAAUGGAAGAACAGGACAGGCCCCGUCAAUGUCCCGUACACUUUGCUCUUCCCUACCGGAGAAGAAGGACUCGCCGGAAAAGGAAUUCCUAACAGCAUCUCUAUAUAAUUCAUAUGGUUUUAUCUCUAAUUUCCAUUGCAAUAAAUUGUGUGUAUGGAUGUGUCUUAGUUUUUGCAUGCAUGUUUUCUACAAGUUUUAAAUAAUAAAUUCAAAAGUCUCCAAAUAAA